AUGAAAAAUGAAAGCUAUUUGCGCCGGCUUCGGCCUAAAGUGAAGGCAAUAAUGACAGAAGAUAAACUAUUUCUUCUUCUUUUUUUUCUUUCGUUUUUUUUUUCCCCUGUGGCAACACUAGCGUAAACAGCUGUUAUUGUUAUCUCUUACUUUUUAGUUUUUGUUUUAUUAAUAUUUAUGUUACUUAUGGCUAAUUUCUAAAGAAUCACGUAAUAUUUGUGUAAUUGAAUUAUAAAUAUUGUUUUUGUGAACACCAGUGUAUCGUAAUAAAACUUGUUUUUACGUAAGUACAAAUCUGUAUCAACCGGUGAAUGACGUCACCCUUUUUAAAAUUGUUAAUCGUUGUUGUUCCUCUUGUAUGAUUUCUUUUGUUUUUUUCUUUUCUCGUCUACUAAUGCAUCACGAAUAAUAUUUACAGGCUAAGUUACUUUUUAGCCAAAAAGUGUUGAGUUUUCCUUCAGAUAACCUCACACUAGUUGAUCGAACGACUUCUUGGACUAUUGCUUUAUACUUUAAAUAGUUUUCUAUUAACCUAAAAUGAUGACACGCAAGGCCUUAGCUCGUCAAGAGGAAUCAAAAUUUCAAAUAACUUUACAGGAAUUAAAGGCCACCAAGGAGUUGGUUGAGCAAUUACUUAGGGAGAGGGAGGACAAUGAAAAAGAGUUAUUGGAUGUGCUAGAAAAGAAUAAGCAAUGUAAAAAAGAACUGUCUGAAUUGCAUUGUAAUUAUUUAAUAAUAACUGAGGAGAAAGAUAGAUUACAAUUAGUAAUAGAAGGGUUCGACCAAUGCAGAAGUGAGUAUGAGAAGGCCCUUAGGCUCAUUUCUGGAUUGGAACAGCAACUAAAGGAGGCUAACGAUUGCAUAUAUAAACUGGAAUCUGAGCAAACAAAGGUUAUGGCCUCUCAGAACCAGAGUCUAUAUGAUGAGUUGGUUGGUUGUGCCCCCAGUCUCGUUUCUGCCUCACUUAACAUUAACCCAGUGACAAUUGGAUUGACUACAGAAGAUUUUAUUGAGUGUUCUGUAAAAAGAGGAGUUGUUAAGUGUAGUAGGAAUAGAUUGAGAAAAUAUAUAAAACUAAAUAGAUCUUCAGAGAUUCCCGCCCAGAAUGCAAGUGAACAGAAAUCUCCGAUGAAGUUUGAUGCUCAGAUACGAAGUUCAAAAACCUUAGAUGCGAGGUAAAAUAUUUGUUUUAUAUAUAUUACCUUCGUCGUGAAUCAGUCUCUAUAUUGAUGUGAAAACCGUAAUAACAUCCGUAGUGGAGUUUACAAGAUCUCAGCAUAAAGACAGUGGGACGCAACUUUGUUUUAUACUGCUAUAUUUAUAGAUAAACUGUAAUUAAAAAUGAGAAAACUACAACAUAUUUGUAAGAGUUCUAAAAUAGCCAAUUUUUUCCUUUGAAACACCAAGAUUAAACCCCCGUUAUAUAUAUAGAUUAAUAUUUGAGUCUUUUGUAGCCUAAAGAAUCAGGACUCUUAGCACUAAGUUUGCGAGUAAAUAAUUGAAAACAGUUUUUGCUAGAUAUGUUUAAAUGCAAAAACAAAAACGUACAACAUUGUAGGCCCCGACGAGAUUCGAACUCGUGAUCUCCUGUUUACUAGACAGGCGCUUUAA